GCAGCAGCUUCGGGAACCCCGGCCGCGCACAGCUCGCCCUGGGCCGCGCCUGCCGGACUUCAGUCCGUAGCUGGAGCCUUAGUAGAGAACACCUAUCACACAGGACCUUUGAGUGGCCGUUCUUGGAAUUGGAACGGAUCCCAGGGUCAAAGAAACAACUCACGGAGCUGGAAAAUUUCAGUCGGUCCCAUGGUUUCUAAGCCAAACGGAUAACAUUUAAAUUGUGCAAAUAACUUUUGGAGAAGACAUUUUAAAGAAUUCCUGCCUUUGGGCAAACAAGGCAAUUGAAAGAAAAUCGGCAGGCUGAGACAGAAGCGGUGUCCACUGAGAGGCUCCAAAGCCUUGGGAUUUCCUGCGGUCAGGAGAGAGUGUUUGAUGCAGACAUUAAGUGCUUCCUGUGAUCUGGGAGAACUACGAGCAGAUGAAAGCCCUGGUCGGACAGCUUCGCGAGCGAGCGCAGAGAAUCAGACUAGGAGGGGGUGAGAAAGCCCGAGAACGCCACAAAUCGAGAGGAAAGCUGUUACCCAGAGAAAGAGUCGACGGGCUCAUAGACCCCGGGUCUCCGUUUCUGGAAUUAUCCCAGUUUGCAGGUUACCAGUUGUAUGAUGACGAGGUGGUCCCGGCAGGUGGCAUUAUUACAGGCAUCGGGAGAGUCUCUGGAGUAGAAUGCAUGAUUGUGGCCAAUGAUGCCACCGUCAAGGGAGGUAUCUACUACCCAGUGACGGUGAAGAAGCAUGUGCGGGCACAAGAGAUCGCGCUGCAGAACAGGCUCCCCUGCAUCUACCUGGUUGAUUCAGGAGGGGCGCACCUGCGUCGGCAAGCAGAUGUGUUUCCAGAUCGAGAUCACUUCGGCCGCAUAUUCUAUAAUCAGGCGAUUAUGUCGUCUAAAAAUAUUACACAGAUAGCGGUGGUCAUGGGAUCCUGUACGGCCGGAGGUGCUUACGUGCCUGCCAUGGCUGACGAAAACAUCAUCGUGCGCAAGCAGGGUACCAUUUUCUUGGCAGGACCCCCCUUGGUUAAAGCCGCCACCGGAGAAGAGGUGUCAGCCGAGGAUCUCGGGGGCGCUGACCUCCACUGCAGAAAGUCUGGAGUCACAGAUUACUAUGCUCUGGAUGAUAACCAUGCCCUUCACUUAACCAGGAAGAUUGUGAGAAAUCUAAAUUAUCAGAAGAAAUUGGAUGUUACCAUUGAACCUUCUGAAGACCCCUUGUUUCCUGCUGAUGAAUUGUAUGGCAUAGUGGGUGCUAACCUGAAGAGGAACUUUGAUGUCCGAGAGGUCAUUGCUAGACUCGUGGAUGGAAGCAGAUUCAGUGAGUUCAAAGCCUUGUAUGGAGACACAUUAGUCACAGGAUUUGCUAGAAUAUUUGGAUACCCAGUAGGUAUCAUUGGAAAUAAUGGAGUUCUCUUCUCUGAAUCUGCAAAAAAGGGCACUCACUUUGUCCAGUUAUGCUGCCAAAGGAAAAUCCCUCUGCUCUUCCUCCAGAACAUCACUGGAUUUAUGGUUGGGAGAGACUAUGAAGCUGAAGGAAUUGCCAAGGAUGGCGCCAAGAUGGUAGCUGCCGUGGCCUGUGCGAACGUGCCUAAGAUGACUGUCAUCAUUGGGGGAUCCUACGGGGCUGGAAACUACGGAAUGUGUGGCAGAGCAUAUAGCCCAAGAUUCCUCUACCUGUGGCCAAAUGCCCGGAUCUCAGUGAUGGGGGGAGAGCAGGCAGCCAACGUGCUGGCAACAAUAGCAAAAGACCAGAGAGCUCAGGAAGGGAAACAGUUCUCCUCUGCUGAGGAAGCAGCUUUGAAAGAGCCCAUCAUUGCCAGAUUCGAAGAGGAAGGAAACCCUUACUACUCCAGUGCCAGGCUGUGGGAUGACGGGAUCGUUGAUCCAGUGGACACCAGGCUGGUCCUGGGGCUCAGUAUCAGCGCAGCCCUCAAUGCGCCAAUCCAGAAGACCGACUUCGGUGUCUUGAGGAUGUAGCUGGAGUAGGAAGCUCCUUCCGUUGGACGUGGACCCAAAAUUAAGACAUUAGUAGCCUUAAAAUUUUAGACUUGUUCAACAUGUGGCUAUUACAGUAAAAUUUUCUUAACACCGUGCACACUUUUCUACCUUAAAUCAGUGAAGAUUUUUAUUUGAUGAACCUCAAUUCCUUGUAAAUUUCGUUAGAGAAAUUUUUCUGUGGCUCAGUUUUACCACCAUAAAAUGAAGAGAAUCACUUAGUUAUCCUUUCUAACCCAUAAGUGGUAUGAAAAGUUCUAUAAGCUGUAAAUUCCAGGUAUUAUUGAGAUUAUCGAUAUAAAGUUGUAUUUCCACUGAAAUGAUUGCUUUGCUGAUUAUGCACAAUGACAUUUUAGCACACUUAUUUUUUAAAAACUUCUAGUGCUUUGGCCUCCAGCCACCGUCCUACCCCUUCCCAUGACAGACUUGUUGGGGUCUGCACCUGCAGCCCUGUUUCCUACCCGUUCUCUCCUCAGCCCACAGCCUCUCCACGCUUGACCUCCGUGUUGCUGAAACCAGUGGGUUCUUUCCCGACUUUAUCUGAUUUAAUUCUCCACGGUGCUCCAGUCAGUGGGACGCUUCCUCCUGGAAACGCUGCCCUUGCUUCCAUGCUCUCACGCUCCAGGCUUUCCUCCAGCCUCCUUGGCCAUUCUUGUUCAUUUCCCUCUGUGGGCCCAUCUUCCUCUGCUGAUCCCGCCCGACCUGCUUCACCAUUUGUCCUGAUUUUUCUUUAGUAAUACAUGAACACAUUCUUUUUUUUGUGUGUGUGUGUGUGUGAGGAAGAUCGGCCCUAAGCUAACAUCUGCCAAUCCUCCUCUUUUUUUGCUGAGGAAGACUGGCCCUGGGCUAAUAUCCAUGCCCAUCUUCCUCUACUUUAUAUGGGACGCUGCCACAGCAUGGCUUGCCAAGCGGUGCGUGGGUGUGCACCCAGGGUCCCAACCAGCAAACCCUGGGCCGCCACAGCGGAGCAUGCGCACUUAACCGUUUGCGCCACCAGGCUGGCCCUCAUGAACACAUUCUUAUUCUAGAAGAUACAAAGAACACAAAAUUCUCUCUUCAUUCUUUUUUUAAAAUUGGGGUAAAAUAUACAUAAAAUUUACCAUUUUAACCAUUUUUAAGUGUGCAGUUCUGUGGCAUCAAGUACAUUCACAUUGUUGUGCAGCCGUCACCACCUUCCAUCUCCAGAGCUUUUCGUCUUCUCAGACUGACACUCUGUCCCGCUACACACUAACUCCCCGUCCCCUCCCGCAGCCCUGGCACUUCUCAUUCUGAAGUGUCUGUGUUUCUCACGGCUUGAUUGGUUCUCGCUGGGCCACUUCAGCCCGUCCUAGGCUUCACUUGGCGUCUAAAAGUGGAUGGUUCUGCUUUGACAGUUCCUGACACAGUACCCUGGGCUCCAGACCCGCGUCGCUGACAGGUCUGCUGGGUGCCUGCGCUCACGUCUCACGAGCACCGCAGGUUCCGUCAUCGGGGUCUGUUGAUUUAGCCUCCUAAUGAUCUCGGGAGUUCCCUGGGUACUUUUGUCUUUUGCUUCCACAGUUAGGAGUGAUCUGCCUGCAUCCACUCUCACCUCGUCUAGUCUCUCCAUCCCUCGGGACUUAGGAUGGCCAUUCCAAAGUGCCCAUCUGGUCCUGCUCCUCCCUUCCUUAAAUCUUCACUGGUUCUCAGUGAAGCACCACACCCCAGAUGCCCUCUGUGAUCUUGAGCAUCACUCUUCAGUCUCAUCUCCUUGACUCUGCUUUCACACAAGGUGGUCCAGCCUUUCCAGAACCCACGAAGUCCUUCCCACCCUAGAGGCUGCCGGUUCCCUCUGCCUGAGCUGUUCUCCUCUCCCUUCUUCUCUUAGACACUUGCCUUUUUGCCUCUGUGACCUCCCUGGUGGGUCAGACACCUGCUGUGUGCUCUUGUACAGCUCCGUCCUCUUCCUCUGUUGUGUGUGAACAGGAAACAUAAAGCUCUUGACUCGUGUCCUCCUGCUGGGCUGUGAGCUCUGUAAGAGCAGGCGGCCUCCUGCUUAGCCUGUCUCGCCAGUGCCUGGCACUUUGGUGCUCAGAUAUUUGUUGAAGGAAUGAAAAAAAUCCAUAUUUUAAUCGAUAUCCUCAGGUUACAUCAUUUUAAAAUUAAGUGAUUGAUUAUAUGAUCUAAUACAACUAUUAAAUGCUUUCCUAAUAAAAUUAAUAUUUUACA